CACAUUCUCAAACAAUAACCCACGCUUUUCAAUCACCACGUUUAUUCACGCGCCACCAACCAUUUUCGUAAGAUUGUCGAAUGUCCUUAACGCGCUUAUUGACAGAGACUUGAUCAUCCUUUUUGGUAUUUUCCCUCCAUAUUAUUCAUGACCUGUGCCACUUGACGAAGCAAAAAUCCAAUUCGUUUCUUGUGUUGUUCCAUAUUCAUUGCUUCUUUACUUCACCUCUCACAAAAAGUUCUCUUCUCUUUUCUUCUAUUCUAUAUAUAAUAUAUUUCUUGUGUAUCGCAAUUUCGUUCAUCAAAUAUUACGAUAUCACUGUACUGUAACGUCGUGUGUUAUCAAUGGCGGCAGUGAAUGCAGAGUAUCUGAAGGAAAUAGAGAGGGCCCGAAGAGAUCUUCGAGCACUUAUCUCCAGCAAAAACUGUGCUCCUAUUAUGCUUCGUUUAGCGUGGCAUGAUGCAGGAACGUAUGAUGCAGCAACAAAGACUGGAGGACCUGAUGGAUCAAUCAGGAAUGAGAUAGAGUACAAGCAUGCCGCUAACAGCGGUCUCAAAAUUGCAAUUGAUCUUUGUGAAGAAAUUAAGGCCAGACAUCCUAUAAUUACGUAUGCUGAUCUCUAUCAGCUUGCUGGAGUAGUUGCUGUUGAAGUAACUGGGGGUCCUACCGUUGAUUUUGUCCCUGGUAGAAAGGAUUCAUCAAGUUCACCAGAAGAAGGGCGUCUUCCUGAUGCCAAACAAGGCCCACCACACUUGAGGGAUGUCUUUUACAGAAUGGGACUCACUGACAAAGAUAUAGUGGCAUUAUCUGGAGGCCACACACUGGGAAGAGCACAUCCAGAGAGAUCUGGCUUUGAGGGACCUUGGACUAAAGAGCCUUUGAAAUUUGACAACUCAUACUUUGUGGAGCUCCUCAAGGAGGAUUCAGAAGGUCUCUUGAAACUUCCCACCGAUAAAGCUCUGGUUGAAGAUCCACUAUUUUUCCCCUAUGUGGAACUUUAUGCAAAGGACGAAGAGGCUUUCUUCAGAGACUAUGCAGAGUCACACAAGAAGCUCUCAGAGCUUGGAUUUGCACCACCUUCAUCUUGCUUCAAGUUAGCAGUAAAGAACAGCACGGUGUUGGCACAAGGUGCUGUUGGGAUUGCUGUUGCAGCAACCGUUGUAAUACUCAGUUACUUCUAUGAACUCAACAGGAGAAUCAAGUAGGCAUAAGCAAGCACACAGGUUCCAUUACAUUGGCGAACUCAAUUGAAAGCAAAUUGGCAACUGAAUAGCUCCAUAGUUAUUAGGGCAUAUACUAGAUAGAUGAUUGUCACUGACACCGCAAAGAUGAUGAUAGUGUUUCGUAAUGUUUCAUCAAUAAAUCUUGGGAUUUGCUGCUUGUAGCUACUCAAGUAUAGAAUAACAUGCCCUUUGGCGAAUUUGAACUAUACAUGGUUCCACUUAUGGUUCAAAUAUAUUCCUCAUUGAGCAA